AUGAAUAGGUUCGGUAUAUUUUUAUUUAUUUAUUUGUCCACUCAGAUGGUGGUUGGACAGCACAGUUAUAACCAAAGGCGGCUGCACCACCGCAACGCGCGUCAUAUGCUUCAAAACCCCUACGCUGAGCUUCAGCCCAGUGAGGGUGGUGGUGGUGGUGGUGGUAGCGGUUCCGAAACGGGUAAAGAUGAAUGCAAACCGAAUGGAGUCACAUCAGGCAAUCCCAAACAGAAAGCCACCAACAUAGCACAGAAAGCAGCCAAGGAGGCCAAGGCUGCAUCCGAUGCUCAACAGGCUGCCGGUGAAGCCGCCUCACAACAAGUGAAAGCACAGUUAGCCGAAAAAGCUAUUGCCGCUGCAAAGGCAGCCGAAGCGGCGCUUGCUGGCAAACAACAAAUCGUGCAACAACUGCAGCAGGAGGUGCGCGAAGCUGAGGCCGUAGUACAAGAGCAGAGUAGCUCCCUGCAGAAUGCGCAACAAAAUGUCAACGCAGCAAUGCAAGCCGCACAAAACGCUGCACAGCAACUGAAGACGCUAACUAAGGCGGUCAGUAUGGCUCAGGUGAAUGUUGGCAAUGCGGAACAGGCAGCUCAGGGAGCACAACAGGACUUAGCGGAGAAGACACAACUAAUGGAGGCUGCGAAGAGUCGUGUGGAGCAGUUGCUGCGUCAAUUGGGUUCGGCACGCGAUGAUUAUGCGAAGACCAAAGAGGCAGCUAUGAAAGCGGCUGCCGCAGCGCAUGAAGCCAAACAGAAUGCUAAUCCGUCGGGUCGUUGUUCCCGUCAAUCGCCAAGUGGUCGCAUGAUGGCAAAUCGGCAUCUACGAAUGGCACAGCGACAGCGUCAUUAGAGUACAGAAACAUUUUGCAUGUAUUUCUAUUUUUUGUGAAUAUACUUUUUGGUUUACCGCUUUGUGUUACUAUAUAUCAGAAUAGUUUUAAAUAUCGUAUUUUUAUAUCCCAAACGGAAUAUAUAGACACCUGACUGGAAGAUCGACCUAGGCUAGGUAGGAGAGUGGAGCACUUGGACCCAUUGGGUCCGUUGUGAUCAGUGUUGCCUCGAACAAAUUUUUCUUCCCACCAAAAUGUCCUACCAAAACCAACCAAACCUACCUACCAAAAAUUGCAUCAUAGUGUUAUCGCUUCCCAGCAAUUCCUUUCAGGAAUUCUGACCUUAUAGCGUUUGUAGAAGGAUAUCCUUGGUAGCAUAAUGUCCAUGAUCUUGAUAACGAGAUUAUCCAGGAAUGGCUUGAGAACCCCUAAAUGACCCCGA